UCAGAAAGGUCGGGGCCAUGCGUAAGCUACAUAAUAUGUAGCUGCACCGCAUAGUAUGCAUGUUAGUACGAUACUGAACCUCUUGUUCUCACGGCUUUUAUCUAGUAACGGUAAUAACUACUGCUGAGUUUUGGUUUGUCAUGUUGUAAUGGGAAGUUUGUGAUUGUAUCGAAAAACUUUUUCGAUACAACUUUAGUCAACUUUUCGAUACAACUUCAGUCAAAACGAAAAACUUUAGUCAAGGAACGAAUAUCAUCAUCUGAUUGACCGGCAUCAGUAUGGCUAAAGAUUUGGGCAAAGAUUUGCGCACUGAAGAUAUCUACCUGGAUGAACAACAAAUUCGCCAGUGUUUGUUUGAAAUUCUUCGCAAACCAUUUAAUCCUGGAAGUAUUUAUCUCGACAACACUGCUUACGAUGGGGAUGAAAAUUCUACGCUUGUGUACACUCUAAAAGAUACAAAACCAAAUUUAACCUCACUGUGGAGCAAGUGGCUAAAAGAAAGAUCGCCAAAUGUGGCCUAUAUACCCCCAGAAUGCCUUCCGGAUCUACCGCAUUUGACAGCCGAUAUUAGCAAAGUGGAUAGUUGGGCAGCUGGAUGCCUGCUGGCGCAUUUGUUGAACCUUGGAAAACCGUUAACACUCAAACGGUUCUGGCAAAAUGGUCCAGAUAAAGUUGUUUUCGGGCUGAAUGAGGGGCCGCUACUAGAAAACCUUCAAACGUUUUACAAGCACGAUUCUGAAGCCGGUCUAAUGAUAGGGCCGGAAAUUCCGCCCAUCCCAGAUAUGAGCGCUGCGUGCAAAGAAUUUCUUGAGUGUUCGUUGAACCGCAAUGCAGCUGAACGAUCGUCUCUCCAAGAGCUUCAAGCCCAUCGUUUUAUCGAUAUGAGCAAAUCUUUGGAGGAGUUAAACGCACCCGACCGCACGGAGUCGUACCCGGUGACUACCGCCAGCGCGGAUCAAAUAAAAAUAAUCAACAUACGGCAACACCCGUUUCUAAAGGAUACGUCACAGUGUCGUAUGCAGGUAGGAGAAAUCCAGUUGGGUGAUAGUCCGGGCAUUGCCACUGGUCAAACUGCUGAAAUUUGGCGGUUUCAACUGUUGAACGAAAAGACUGACCGAGAAUUUUACAUGAAAGCUUUCAAGAACUUGCUAAACCUGCUUAAUACAAUGCCAGAUCAGAGAAUUGGCCGUCUGCAGACCGAUAGUGUCAACGUUGUGCAGUUUUUCGGAUGGCGAUUUGCUCCACCAUUGAUCAGAGGAUGUUGCCCAGAGUUCCAAGUGUAUGCCGAAUUUUGUGCAGGCGGAAAUUUCGAGGACGCUGCAAGCCACCAUUUGCCACUCGAUGUGAUACAAAAAUGGUUGUACGAAAUGUUGUGCGGCUUAAAUUUUCUGCAUCAAAAUCGUGUCGUUCACCGCAACCUAAGCAGCCGGGUAAUUUUCUUUACUGAAGCGAAUUUUACUGGAACAAUUAAGAUCGGGGGUUUCCAUAAGAUGCGACAACUGGAAGCGGAUCAUACAACGAAACAUGAGAUCAGUGCUCGUUCAGGAGAAGACGGUCGCUUUGUUGCUCCGGAGUUGAUUAAUUCUGGCACAGACCAUAAUAUCGGACGAAAAAGCGAUGUCUGGAGCGCUGGUUGUGUCGCACUGCAUCUGCUAACUGGACAACCACCCUUGUAUAUUGGAGCAAAGAACCAGCCUAUGCAUUUGGAAAUGGCAGUUCUCUAUCGCUUAAACAAUAGCAAAAAUCCACAAGAUAAACUUCCUUUCAUUUCCGAGUCGUUACCGAACAGCACCAGGGACUUCGUCCUCCGUUGCUUGAAUUUCGAUCCGAAAGAGCGGCCGCAUGCGUCCGAUUUGCUUGCCAGGGGCGGACCGCUUUCGGAUUUCACCAACGACCCGGAUAAUCCCGAGCGCUAUCCGAACCUGGACAUGAAAACUCUACCACAAUCCACGUUGGAAUACUGGGAAAAUAACUAUCUACCUGGCCCCUAAUUAUUGAAAAUUUGGAUUUCACAAACGUUUGAAGUACAGGUAUGUGCUCGCGCUUUUGCAUUAAAACAGGGACAGCUAUAGCGCGUAUUCGCGUGAUAACGCAUCUCAGGAUGCAAGGCGCUGCACAAUUCUACGAUGUACAAGUACCUACUACCUACCGUAUCGCACUGUUAAUCAAUCGAUGGAAACAAGCCGAGUAAAAUUGUGUGCCUUCCUUGCUUAUGAUGUCCUGCAGUGUUUUCGGGUCAACACAUAGUAAACCGUUUUACAAAUUUUGAAAUUUUGGAAGUUCGUUGGAAGAUGUGAAAAAAAGCUGAGCACCCUGGUUUGGUGUAAAAAUAAGCUUUACGCGUAUGUUCAUUUAUGUAACAGAUUUGCAAAAUAUCGGUCUACAAUGAGACUUUUACCACACCAGGUAGCGUUUAAACGGUUCCAAACUUCCAAAUGUUAUUUCAAAAAUGCCUGCUAACUCCGUAACCACAUGUUGCGCGCAUAAGUUUUCCCGUCAACGCGUACAAAUCAUUUGACCAUAAAAUGUCACAGAACUAUUC